UUCCAACCGAGGAUCCGUAGCGCGAUACUGUUAACCUCGUGGUUUGCCGUAGAAAGCUCAAGGUAAUAUCAAAGAGCCUUUGGCUUGCUUGGAAAUUUAUCUACAAAUAAAAUGAGCGGAAAGAAAACAGAUGGGCGAUCAGGUGGUGCCAUGGGAUGGAUAAGCUCAGCUUGCCGUUUCGCGGCGGACAGAAAUGAUUUCAGAAGGAAUCUCCUCGUAAACCUGGGUUUAUUCGCAGCAGGUGUUUGGGUCGCAAGAAACCUUUCAGAUUUUGACUUGAUGUCUCCUCAGCCAGUCACGUAGCUCCCACCCAGCAAAAAAUAUAUAUUUUAACAGGUAGUGGUGAAAUGAAAGAACAUACAUUUUCCACCGAGGGUCUUGUUGAACAAGCCCAUUCAACGCUGAAGGGAAUAACUAUUGGAUAUUCACAACUGUAGAUUUCUUCUGUACUUCAUUGUGUUUUGUUGAAAUAAAUAUCACACUUAA